CGCAGCCACGACACUUUCACUUUUGCAAGUAUAAUUCCAAAAUAAAAAGAAAAGUCUCAUUAAAAAAAUUCCACUACAAAAAACUUGUAAAGAAUCAUGGCUUGGCUCCUCAACGCUAUUACGCAGGGGCUCGCCGCAGCCCCUGGUCCACCUGAGCUUUUUUCGUCAUCGUCGGGUGCCGAAGAUGAGAUGAAAAAGCUCGAAAAAUCUGCUGCAACCAAGGCUCCAGGUAAGUCACCAAAGCAGGACAAGCGAAGCAGACUGUUUCACAAGAAGGACAAUCUGGAUGGAAGCAGUAAGAACCCUUCUGGACGAUCACCAGUUGGUUCACCAGGAGGUGGAACAUUGUCGUCUUCUAGUAUCUCUUCACCUGCUUUCAAUGAGCUUGUUCUUGGAGCUCAUAAUCAUACAGGUGGUGCUCUUGCACUGCCACCGCCAGGUCCCUUAGAUCGCACCUUGAAGGACUGGGUAACAAACAUUCAGAAGGAAGACGGCUCUCUAGGGUACCAGUUCAAUGACGUGAAUCUCGCAGCAGUUGUGCCUUUCACAACUUUCACGUCCGUUUUUCUCCUCUCCCGAGCACUGGAGACGGCGUACUUGAAUUCGCAUGCCAGUGACGACCAAGCCUUCUUGCUGGCAUCUGCUUGUGGUCUAGCUGAGGUUGUUGGGUCACCGGCAUUGUUCGCGAGUGUCCGACGGGCUGUUCUCGAGAGGUUGUUGCCUGUCCUAACCACAGGAGUCCAGGAAGGCAGCUGUUUGCUGGACAAAGCAGAUUCCAAGACGUCUACAACUUCUGGUACUGUUGUAGCCGUUUCAUCGUCUAGUGCAUCGUCGUCUGCAUCUUCCGACUCACCACGAGCAGAUGCAGACCAAAACAACGACGUCAGCGGUUCUACUCCCGAAGUGUUGAAACUCAAAAACGUCGAUCUCAAUCACGCUGGUCAGAACAAACAUCGUGACACCCUAGACGUUCAUGACCAAGGUGAUCACACCGAACACGAGCAGGAUGAUCUGAGUACUCCACCAGACGACGCACCUGAUUUGUUCAGAGGCUGUUUAGAAAGUCUUGCUCAAGUCCGCGAUUUAGCUGUCAGGUCUCUCUUCAAACGAGAUGGUUUGGUCGAUGGUUUGCGUGCGUACCGUAGAAGCCUAGAACGACAGCAGAGCGACUUGCAGGAACAAAUAAUCCCGGAUUUGCUGGAUUCUGGUGAGUUCCCUGAAGCACACGCAAGACAUCGAGAGCUUUGCGACGUGUAUGGGAAGAUUGGCAAGGCGCUGUUGCAAGAGUGGACUGGGUUGGUUGGAAGUGUCAGGUAUGAACUAGUUGCAAACAGUGGACCUGGACUAGGAACUCUAGCUUCAUCGACUAUGCCUUCCUCCUUUACCACUGGUAAUCUUGACAACAACGUCAACGUGCAAACCACGAAAACCGCUCAAACUCUUCUAGCAGAGGUAGCAAGUGGCCAAAUAUUCGAAGACGAAGAAGCUACAUCUCCAAGUUCGCCAGCUGUGUCGCUGCCUGCUUUCUCACCAGAAGGGGGCUCUCCAGCCAGUGUGAAUCCUCGCUCUAAUGCACGUGCUAGAGCACGAGAAAAAGCUGCAGGAGGUGGUGGAAAAUGUGGUAAACCUGAAUCGAAAACGAAAAAUAAAUCCUCUACUUCUACCAGUACAACACCUCCACCAACUCUUGAAGAUGUUGACAAGAACGUUGAAAAGACGACAGCGGAAACUACAACACCACCGGAGAAGUCUUUAGGACUGUCCCCUAGCUCAACAUCGAGUGGGGGACCGCACGCAGGAACCAGUACUGGUGGAAGUCCUGUAGAAGAGCUGUUUCCGGCGUCACCUGUGCCUAGCACUCCUGGUAUGAAUACAACGUCAACUACUGCGUCGAUUGUUCCACAACAUCAACAGCAGGCAUUUGCGGCAACUCAACAACAACAGAAAAAUCUAGUGGCGACAGUGCAUUCCUACCAGCCAACGAGGUUUGUGUCAGCGCAGUGUGUGCGGUUGCAGAAAAAGCUGGGGUCAUUGUACUUAUGGUUACACAUCAGUUAGACGUCAGGGUCAGCAAGAUGGAUGCUAUUUAGAUUUCUUCGAUUCAUCAGUGUAAGUAUGUGUUGCUUUUGUGGUUUCACCCCGGAGGGAUAGGCACCUUUCCAGACCUCUGCUCAACCUCUAAUUCUCUCCGCCCUCACCGACUCUGCUUCAGCGCAGAAGCGAAGUCUAGAAUUGAAGAAUCAAGAGCAUGCAGCAGAACUAGCCGAGGCUGAAGCGGAGAGUGCCAAGGGUGGAUUGCUCUUCGUAGAGAACGAAAUCGAAACUCUAGAAGCCAAGCUAGCCACUCUCAAACGCGAUCUAGAACAAGUUUCCUCUACUCUAGGAGAUAAACGACGCAAGAGGGAAGAUGUAGCCAGCAAUAUGCCUGCUCGCGCACGGUUGCGGUAUGAGCAGACAGUAGAACGAGUUUUGGAGAAACAGAGGCGUGAGAGCAAUCUAGUGCAGAAAUUCGGAGUUAGAGUCUGCUCAUCAGGCUAUGCAUCGAGCAUCACUGCUGGGCCGUUGAAAACUAGUAGUUCUUCACCGACUUCUUCUGGUUCUGGAGGAGUAGAUCAACCUUUAGCUUCUACCAACAAGAACAACUAUGGCACAAACAUCGACGAUCAAACCGCCAACCCUAUGAACAUGCGUCGGGACGUUGGUCUUUUACGCCAUCCGCGAGGCAGUUUCGAAGCGAACAUCGCACCAGCAUUGGCAUUCACUGAGAGCGAGUUGAGGGACAAGAUUGAGCUGGUAACGAAUGCUUUUCUGACUCAGAAAACAUUUGCAUCAGCUUCGACGUCUAGUUCUUCCUCGCCCGUCUUCCCUCCCCCAAUGACGACGACAGCAGAGCAGCUCGAAGGACCGUCCCAUCUCUUAUUGACUGCGUCGAGCGUGGAGCAACUAGGCCAACUAGCUGCAGGAGAGCAGAUGCGAAGCCUUCAGUUUUGCUUGGACCGCGUAGAGGCAACCAUGCGCUGGGUAGAGCGCUUAGAUUCAGCGACAGCGGGAGAUGUGGACUUCUUUCGAGGAUUGAAGGGAGGGAAAGGUACUUAACUACUUAUAAUUGCCCUUCCUGAUUGUGAGAGUUUUUUUUGAUUGUGUGUGAGACUUUCUAUUCAUACAUGAUUCUGAGACUUUCUAAAAAUUCUUCUAAGUUAGAGAUAGAGCAGGCAACCGAUCAUGCCAACCACGUAUCGCUCCAUUCGAAUCACGUUCCUCCUGCUAUUCGCAAAACCCUCCAACACGACGACACCAUACAACUAUCAUCCAGCCGACGGAGGUUCUUCCUCAGCAGGCUCUGAAGACAAUAUGGCAGCCACUGUGGCAGCCGGUGAAGCCACUUUUCAAGAGGCUUGGGAUGAAUCAGAGGCUUUGUUUGCUCUGUUAGCUGCGGAGAGAGACGGAGUAGGAGCUUCUGGUGACAACAAGGAGAAAGAUGCGGCUUCAGGUGACUCGUCCUCUUCCUCUUCUGGAGACGACUCGGACUCCAAGCGCAAUGUGCAAGCGGUGAAUGAGGAGAACUGGCAAAGGGCAGUGUCACGCAGAGAAGCGAUCUGGAAUAGAAUGCAGUUGAGAUGUCAGUGAAGGAGUGACUGAAGAUUAAAUAUUAAACAACCUACCGGUAAAUACAAAGAAAAAAAAACACGGAGGAACGAACAUGAUGAAUUCGACAGAUGAAAUAGAAGAUGGACUUGAGUCAACAUGUACACUAGAAGGACUUAGAAUUUUCACCAGAAAACGGAACAGCGCUCUCCGUUUACGAUCAGACUUCUGACUCUUGAAGGUCGCUAGCUGCAACUUCAAUCCAGC